UUUAAGCCCAGGGCUGGCUGGCAACCCCAGCAGCCUGCCCUGUGAGCCGCCAGCAUGGAUGACAUCUACAAGGCUGCGGUAGAACAGCUGACAGAAGAGCAGAAAAAUGAAUUCAAGGCAGCCUUUGACAUCUUCGUGCUGGGCGCCGAAGAUGGCUGCAUCAGCACCAAGGAGCUGGGCAAGGUGAUGAGGAUGCUGGGCCAGAACCCCACACCCGAGGAGCUGCAGGAGAUGAUUGACGAGGUGGAUGAGGACGGCAGUGGCACAGUGGACUUUGAUGAGUUCCUGGUCAUGAUGGUUCGGUGCAUGAAGGAUGACAGCAAAGGAAAGUCUGAGGAGGAGCUGUCCGACCUUUUCCGCAUGUUUGACAAAAAUGCUGAUGGCUACAUAGACCUGGAUGAGCUGAAGGUGAUGCUUCAGGCUACCGGUGAGACCAUCACGGAAGAUGACAUUGAGGAGCUAAUGAAGGAUGGUGACAAGAACAAUGAUGGCCGCAUUGACUAUGACGAGUUCCUGGAGUUCAUGAAAGGAGUGGAGUAGAUACCAUCACCCACGCAGAACUGCCUGUGCCACCAUCCAACUCCAGCUGGGCCCUGGGGUGGCGGCAAGGGGCCGGGGUCCCCAGGAUGUGAGCUUGGGUGUGUCCUCGACCAUGGGCCCUCCCUGACAGCCUCCCCCAGCCCCAUCCGAGGGAAUGCAAAUAAAGCCCUGCUCCCUGGA